AUGAAAUUACUCUGCGUUCGUGAUCUUUAUGAUCCCGUUGCGGCUGCCACCUGUGAACGUUGCAAGAGGUACAAAUACACUUGCACGCUCGCCGAGCCCACCGAAGGGGAGAGGCAGGGUAGAAUUUUAGACUUCUACAAAUGUUCUUAUUGCCGUGAUGCCCGCCAAAAGUGUGUCUUACAAACUGAAAUUGACCCGGUGCGCUGUGCGCGAUGUGUGAGGAAGGACUUACCAUGCUCUGCCCGGACGAGUAAAAAGCACUUGCCAAGGCAAAAGAAAGGCUCCGGCAGUGGAGGAGGAUCUUCGGGUGGAUCGCAAGGCGACGAUUUCACUGAAGGGGAUUCGAACUCUCCAGAUUAUGAUCCCUUUGACGAAGAAGAGGCUGGAUACCAGGAGGGAUACAACUAUCAAGCCGGUCCUUCUGUUCAUCAACAUUUUGAGGGUUAUUGUGAGGGGUACAGUCAACACAACCAAUAUCCAGAUGCAGGCUAUGUACAGGAAAGCUACCACCAAGCGUCAUACAGCCAACCAAAUGGUCAUCCCUAUGGCCAACCCCAGUACGGCUAUAACGGCUACUAG